AUGUGUCCUUAGCGCUUAGCCGACUUAAUCUCCUCCCCAAUGGAGUUUCCUAACCCUGCCAAGUUGCAUAACCAACACGUGUCACUUUUUGCGAUUUUAUCCAUUGCUACCAUAGUACCAAACCCUGCGUUUGCAACCAAAGAAUGUGUUUUCCCUGCCAUCUUCAACUUCGGUGACUCAAACUCAGAUACUGGUGGCUUGGCUGCUUCCCUUAUAGCACCAACGCCACCAUAUGGAGAGACCUAUUUUCACAGACCUGCAGGAAGAUUCUCUGAUGGCCGUCUCGUCAUUGAUUUCAUAGCAAAGAGUUUUGGUCUCCCUUAUCUAAGUGCGUAUCUUGAUUCCCUGGGGACCAACUUCUCACACGGUGCAAACUUUGCAACAUCAGCAUCAACAAUUAGACUCCCAACUAGUAUUAUACCUCAGGGUGGAUUUAGUCCCUUCUACCUUGAUAUUCAGUACACUCAAUUCAGAGAUUUCAAGUCUAGAACACAAUUCAUUAGACAUCAAGGUGGCGUAUUUGCAAGCUUGAUGCCCAAAGAAGAGUAUUUUGAUAAAGCUUUGUACACGUUUGAUAUCGGUCAAAAUGAUCUUGGUGCUGGCUUUUUUGGAAACUUGACUGUACAACAAGUCAAUGCUACUGUACCUGAUAUUGUCAAUGCUUUCUCAAAAAAUAUUAAGGACAUAUAUGAUUUGGGAGCAAGAUCAUUUUGGAUACACAACACAGGACCCAUUGGCUGCCUCCCUUACAUUUUGGCCAAUUUUCUAUCAGCUGAAAGGGAUGCCUAUGGUUGUGCAAAGACAUAUAAUGAUAUAGCUCAGUAUUUCAACCACAAAUUGAAGGAAGUUGUGGUUCAACUUCGCAAAGACCUUCCUCUGGCUGCAAUUACAUAUGUAGAUAUUUAUUCUGUUAAGUACUCUCUAUUCAGCCACCCAAAGAAAUAUGGAUUUAAACUCCCACUUGUUGCUUGUUGUGGUUAUGGAGGGGAAUACAACUACAGUGGUAGUGUUGGAUGUGGAGAAAACAUAGAGGGCAAUGGAACUGAAAUUUUUGUGGGUUCAUGUGGAAGGCCAUCAGCUAGAGUAAAUUGGGAUGGGAUCCAUUACACGGAGGCAGCUAGCAAGUUCAUCUUUGAUCAAAUUUCUACUGGUGCUUUCUCAGAGACAGCCAUUCCUUUGAAUAUGGCAUGUCACAGAAGUUAUACAAAAAGUUAUUGAGCUUUAGAAGCUUAUCAAUGUAAUAAUUUGUAUUAAAAAUAAUUUGAUAUUCCAUGAGAAGUCUCAAUAUGAUAAGUUAUUGUGUAAGUUGUUCACUACUCCCCUGGUAGUUGUUUAAAUUAUACUAUCUUUCUAUUAAGAUAUUGGACCUUUUAGUUGCGUAA